CCUUUGUUGUAAAACAUUGACUUAUACGUUCAUUUAUCUUAACCCACAGGAUUCAGAGUCCGAAUUUAUUGAACUUGAGCCGCCAUAAACCGGCUGGAUUUUUUAACUAAAAUUUUAUAUAAACCUUAGCCAAGCAGAUUUAGUUUAUUUAUGUUGUAAAGAUCUAUAUUUGUGAUAAAGUUUGACCGCAGUAGUAUUUUUAAGUAUUUUUAAGUAUAUUUUAAGAUACUCCAUACUCAUUUUUUGUAAAAUUUCACGAUAUUCAAGUUCUGCAGAUUGUAACAUUUAAUUAUGUUCCCUUACUUUUCGUUUUUAAGGCAUGUGAUAAAGCAAUAAUUUUGAUUUUCAGUUCUGUCUUAUCUAAGUAUCUAUUUAGUAUGUAUCCCUUUAAAUAUUUUUUAUCAUCGGUGUAUUGCAUCUAAUGCUGGCAAAUAUUAGAAAAAUUAACAAGAACAGGUGAUAUCACCAGGGAAAAGGGUUAAAACUUUAAUCAACCGAUUAUAAUUAGUUUUGUCAAUUUAAAAGCGACCAGCUCGAUGUUAGUUUGUUAAUAUCGCAUUUUAAAAAUUGAGGUCAUCUUGGUGAAAACAUUGAGUUUUAUUUCAGAUGGAAGAGGAUGAUUUAGAAUGUGAUAUUUGCCGCGAAGUUUGCCUAAACCCAUACUCAACAUCAUGCUGUCAGAAUAAGGCUUGCCGAAUAUGUGGAUUAUCAUUUGUGUUAAAAAACAGAGUCUGCUGGGAUUGUGGUGGAGAAGCUGCACAUAAAGAUCUUAAACCCAAUAAGUCUGUCAGAAUUAAGAUUGCUAAAGCUAACCCUUCACCUCCCUCACUACCCCUACACUGUGAUUUGUGUGGAGAAGUUGCACAGAAGGGAGUUCGGACUUCAUGCUGUUCCCAUCAGGCGUGUCGAAGCUGUGCUAGAAAAUUUGUACUAAUUAAUAGAAUAUGUUUUGGCGAGGGUUGUGGUCAGGAGGAUGUUUGGAUAUCCAUUCUCGAAACCGAUCUCAGCCUCAGGACUGCGGUCCACAUGUACAGGUCCAGGGGAGGGAUGGACCAGGAGAUCCUCCAGGAGCUACGGACCAGGGACCAGGACCUCGACGAGAACGGGAGUUCAGAUGACCGGGUUCCACCCGUUGACAGUCUAUUCCUGGUCCAACCUGGAGCUAAAGCUCUACCGUCCCAACCCGUACCCACCUCAUUCUCACCCUUCUCAACAACAUUCAACUCUCAGCAACCUUCGCAAUCCUUCUCGAGCUCGUUUUUUUCCAAGCCCUCGAGUCCUAGUCCAGAUCCAACGAACCCUCAAAGUGUACAGGAGCAGUCGUCAGUGAACGGAACCAGUGACUCGAAAGGUCGAAGUUUCCGUGACGAAGAUGUUGAUUCUGAUCUACGAGAUAUGACGAUAUCUCCGGAUGUGAUGGAGUUGGACUCUGAGGAGGAGAGGGAGAAGGAGGGGGAGAGACAGGAGCAGAACGAUGAGAGACGGGAGCAGAACGAUGAGAGACAGGAGCAGGACGAUGAGAAGACAGUUCACGAAAUCCAAGAUUCACAAGAUGAAGUAGAGAUUAUUAACGGGGAUGAUGACGAGGAGGUUAAGGAGAAGGAUAUAGAGAACCUUGAUAACGAUUCUUCUCAGGAUGGUUCGGAGUCUAUCAAGUCGAGAGACGAAUCAGUUACCUCAGAAGUUGGUAGUGGAGGAGAGUGGAUAUUUAAAAAUGGCGAAGGUUGGGCGUUAAACUCCCCAAACCGGAAACAGAAGCUGUCCUCCACCUGGGUCAAGGAUAAGAACGGCUGGUCUGUCAGGAAGGAUGUCUCCGAACCCCCGGAGAUUCAACCCGAAAAAUCCAUGGACACUGAUAAAACCGAAUCUAGUGAUGCGACUGAAAAAUCCGGGAAACGGAAUAUUGAGUCGAACCGAACAAAGACUGAACAGCAUAAGAGAUUAAAGAAGGACAGUGAGGCCCCUUCUUGUAUUACAGUCGGUAAAUUUACCCUAUAUACUCAGAACAUGAACUAUGUGCUUGUCCGGCUGACCAACCACCCUCCCAACGUAGAUUACGUCUGGGUCAAGUACACAAAUUCUUUAGUUACAAAAUUAUCUCAGUAUGAUGUAAGUCGGAUCAGUCAGAAAUGCCGCGUUCUUCAUGUUGACGAUGUUGCAUUUAUCUAUUUAAACAUUCAACUAAAGGGACUGGAAAAGUAUUCUCCUGUGAUCCUGAACCAGAAUUUCAAUGUUGGGAACUACACAGUGCUAAACGAGCAGAUAACGUUGAGUCCAGUCAAUAUAAUAAUGGACUUCUGUGUUGAUUAUUCAAUUGGAGAAAUUCUUUUAGGGGAGCAACCCCAGCUAGUCAAAAUCUAUCUCAGAUUUCAGAAGACAGAAAACGUUUCUAAACGCUCUAUACUAACGGAAUUGUUCAUUAUAUCCCAGUGCUGUAAUCAAAGAAUUGAAAUCCUUAGUCCUUUCUUUAGACCUAAUCCAUGUAAGUACCUUGCUCCACAGAAUGUAGUGUCAAACGAUAUGACUGCAGACAUACUCAUGAAAGCCAAAGCAGGAGAAAGAGUUCUUCUCCGGGGUAAGGAGUAUGUUGGGGAAGUUAUGAGCUGUGAAAACUCGUCAACGUUACCAAAGGUGGCUGAAAUGUUCAGUUUUACACUCAACCCAGACAGUGACGUCAUCAGUGUCGACAGUGAGGAUAGUGAUGAUUUAGAAAUAAUCGGUAAAAGUGGUGGAAAAGAGGACACGGCUGACAAUGCCCCAGAAACCGUCGACAAAUCUGUGUUUGAUGAAUUAGAUGCUGAAACCAGACUAAACAUGACAGAGAGCAAAAAGGAGGAGGGUAACAUGCUUUUUGCUAAAGCUUGUUACAGUCUUGCCAGUCGUAAAUAUGGCGAAGCUCUUCUUCUGUGUCCCGAGAAUGCUGCGCUUUACGCUAACCGUGCCGCGUGCCAUAUUGCAUUGAAAGAUGGGGUCAAGGGUUAUGAGGACGCUUUAAAAUCCAUUGAAAUAGAUCCUAAAUACGCCAAGGGAUAUUUUCGUGCGGCUAAAGCGUCAAUCUUGGAAGGGAAUCUAUCUCUAGCGAAAGUGUACUUUGACCAUGUCUGUGAGUUGGACCCUGAGGGAGUUACAGAGGAGGAAUGGAAGAAUUUGGAGGCAUUGACGAAAACUUCGGAAGAUUUAAAAGAAUAUUUAGCCAAUAAAGAUCAUGCCAGAGCACUAGACACCAUUAAGGAUAUGAUCUUUCAGUGUCCAAGUAGCCUCAAAUUAAGUAUUAUCAAGGCUGAAAUAUUAGCACUGAUGGGUACAUUUGAAGAAAGUAAUCGAAUUAUCAACGAUAUCAAAGGAUUCAACUCUAUUCCAGACUGCCUGUACAUCAAGGCACUGUGCUUGUAUUAUAAGGAUAACGCGGACCUUGCAAUUCAUUUUCUAAAAGAAGUUUUCCUGCUGGAUCCAGAACACAAGAAGGGAAGAGAAAUCCAGGAGAAAAUAGAGAAAUGGAAGGAGUUGAAGGAGCAGGCUCAAGUCAAGAUAACGGAGGAAAAGUACCUGGAGGCAAAGAAACUUUAUGAUGAAGCUUUAGAAGUUGAUCCUGAGAACAAGUAUAUGAACAGCAAGAUCUAUCAUCUACGUGGGUAUGCCCUGGCUAAAGAAAACAAGCAUCUGGAAGCUAUUGAAGAUUUUACUAAGUCUGUUGAAUUAGACAGGCUUUAUACUAAAGCAUAUCAUUCAAGGUCUAAAUCAUACACUGAGCUAGACCUGUUAGAAGAUGCUCUUUGGGAUGCUGAGAUGACCAUAAGAAUGGAGAGUAACAAUGCUGUAUAUAGACAAUUUUUUAAUGAAACCAAGGCUAAACACGACGAGGCAAAGUCUGCUGACUUCUACAAACUGUUGGGAGUAGAGAAGAAGGCAAGCCAGGAGGAGAUCAAGAAGGCCUAUAGGAAAGCGGCCAUGGUCCAUCACCCCGACCGCCACUCAACCGCCGUAGAGAAGAUAAAAACAUUUCAUGAGAAGCGGUUUAAGGAGAUCGGCGAGGCCUACGGUGUGCUUAGUGAUGAAGCUAAGAAGUUGCUUUACGACAAGGGUUUAUUGUAUAAGAGUAUUCAGGCGCAAACUCCAGCGCACUAUUCUAACGUUAACAUCUCCAAUAUGGCAAUGCGGAAUGCUGCUUUGUGGGCUACUCUUGCUCAGCAGCAGCAGGCGCAAGCUGCCCAGGCCAGCAAUAUGCGGCAUGGUGAAGGGAUGAGAAAUUCACGUGGUACCGGUCUGGCAGGUGCUCAGCCCGGAGCAAGGAUGACUGGCCCUGGACUAGCGGGCGCUUCUCCGUUCCUGUUCGUGCCCGGGACUGCUGCAGGUGCACAGCGGUUUCAGAACUAUCACCAGAUGAAUAGACCGGCCUUCAGCAAUAUGAACAGCUUUCAGCAAUUCCAACGAUUUCAACAAUAUGGUUAUCAACAGAAUCCGUAUAGAAAAUACUGAUUGUCUUAAUAGAGUCUUUUCUGAGUUAGAACUAGGCGUGUAAGCUUCUUUAAGACACAUACAUCAAGAAUACUUCCUGCCAUUUAAAUUUAAAACCCAGUACAGUUUAUUUAUAUAUCAUUUUACAUUUUGUGUCAUAAGUCAUUUUGUUCAGAUAUUUUUUUUCUUUCGUGAGGGGGAGGGGGUCGUUUUUGAAUUUCUUUUUGUCUUAAAGAAUAAUAGCGGGAAGUACAUCAAACAAUGCAAUGUUAUGCAUAUGUUAAUGUAAAAAUAUGACAUGAAAUAUGAAGUUGACUAAAAGUUAUGUUUAUUUCAGAAA